AUGGAACAACACAUGAAGAAGUGGUUGGAUUUGAUGAUUACUGAGCUGGAACUGCACUAUGGUGAACAACUCCCUGCUCCCUACUGUUGGUCCGUCGCAAAUCUCGCGGCCUGGUGCUCCGGGCCGAGGGGAUGUGCGUCAACACGUGACGUUCUCCUUUUGGAUGCCGUGCAGUUGUGCGCGGGCGUGCCAGCACAGUCUACCGUGCGUCGAGGUGAUGAUGAGGUUCGGGUAGAAGAUGGUUUAAAUGUUGCGCCUGUUUUGCGUUCGACUCCUAAUCAAAACAAUUGCGGUGCUCCAGCGCGUUGCUCAGAGAGCGACGGUCGUAUGAUAUAUGGGGUGAGUGAUGCGAUAACAGAGGUGGUGCUCCGGCGCCUUGAAAAUCAAGGGUCGAGGAGUCCUGAAGGGCCAAUCGAGGCUGAAACAAGAUCUGCCGGAUGGCUUGAAACUAUCUGCAUGGUGGAGUCUGAUCGGGGCAAGUGGGUAGUCAAAUCGGCAUUUGGGAUCGUGAAGCAUAGUGGUGUGACCCCCAUAAAUCUCGGCAAAUCCUGGCCACCGCCCUGA